UUUUCUUCAAUUCCUCUGCCACUGAGCUAAUGUGCCCCUGUUCAACUUCAUAUGAACGUGUGUAAUGUGAACUCUAUGCAGGUGAAAAUGGCGAGUUGGUGUGUUCGAGCUGUGCGACAGAGCUACUCAAUAGUAGCAUCCCCUGUUCUGUUAAGGUCGUCUCCACGGCUCCUCUGCACGGCUGCUCAGCAGAAGAGCAACGGCGCGAGCGCGGAUGAAGAGAACGGGGCUCAGAAACCCGAACAGAGCUCUUCGGAGAAGGCCCUGGCCGAGGAGAAGGUACAGCUUGAGGAGCAGCUAAAAGAUGUUAUGGACAAGUACAAGCGGGCGCUCGCUGACACAGAGAACCUCAGACAGAGGAGUCAGAAGAUGGUAGAUGAUGCAAAACUAUAUGGAAUCCAAGGGUUCUGCAAAGAUUUGCUGGAAGUGGCUGACAUCCUUGAGAAGGCGACGGAGAGCGUGCCCAAAGAGGAAGUGACAAAAGAUAACCCUCACCUGAAGAACCUGUACGAUGGGCUGGUGAUGACGGAAGUCCAGAUCCAGAAGGUUUUCAACAAGCACGGCCUGGUGAGGCUCAACCCCGAGGGGCAGAAGUUCGACCCCUAUGAACACGAGGCCCUCUUCCACGCCCCCGUGGAGGGCAAAGAACCAGGCACGGUUGCCAUGGUCACCAAGGUGGGCUACAAGCUGCACGGACGCACCCUCAGACCAGCUCUGGUGGGUGUGGCCAAAGCUCCUUAACAGAUUCGCCAUUGGUGACAGGUGUUGAAGGGUACAGCAGAAGAACCUAAAGCAGAAGGGACUCCAAGCAGUGACACACGGCUCUGGAAAUCAAACUACCUGUUUAUUUAGUCUUCAGCAGAGGACAGAGGUUUGUGAAUGGAGAAAAUGUGGUUGGCACUGUGGAACAUUAAAACUUAAUUUUUUGUGUCAUUUUCAUUUUGUUUUACAAGUCAUCAGUGUUUAGAGUUAAGUUUUGUUUUCUCCCAGCUUCACCUGUACAUGUCUCCUUAGUGAAACGGAAUGUGAUUUCCACCUUUUCAUUUCCAUAGAUAUACACGUCUCUGUUGUAAUACUAGACCAGAUCUAUGAACCACAUGAUGUACAAGAAUGAAUGAUGCCCGGGUCAGUAUUCUCUGUGCUUUUGUUCAUUUAAUUUAACUUUGAUGAGUUGAUCAUACCUGUAUAAACUAAGUCUAACUGCUGCGGGGCAUAUUAAAAGUGACUGGAUGCAGUAAUAGUUCAAAGAUUUCAGAAUUCGUACCUACCAUCACUGUUUAUGACUGUGUUAGAGUGCCGUGCACAAAACAGAACUUUUUGUAAAGAAUAGAAUCUAUUGUAUCAAAGCAUAUCAGUAGCCUUGAUCCAUUAUUGUAGCCCUGAACAAACAAAUGUCCACACAGUAUACCUUAAGAAGUGGCUAAAAUUGCCUGUGAACUUAUCACCUUCUAUCAGUUUCUUUUAUCAAAGUUUAAAAUGAAAAGUGAAUUGAUUUUCCUGCUGAAUUUUCAGCAGUAUUCAUAGUCCCAUAUGAAAAACUCUUAAAUGGCUCAGUUUUGCUGAGUGCUGUGUGUGUUUUAGAAUCAUUCGAUAUGAGCAGAAUUGUGAUUUUAAAGACAGACUUAGUGUAAAUUUAUUGCCGAAAAGUCAACAUGGCCUUCCUAUUCCCAUCUCAGAUGGUGCCUUGAGAGUGUCGCGAGAGAGGGUUUUUUAUUAAUUGACUCUUUAAAAUCCGAAAGCCAGGACAGGGCAGCUGUCAGCUGCCUGAUCCAAAAAUUCACUUUAGCAGUGAAGCCCUGGCAGUUUGCUUUUUCUGCAUCCCCACAAAUUUCACUAUGCCAGAUAUUAGAAAGACAGUUACUGAAAAAAAUCUUGAAUCUCAUGCUGAUAUAUGCUUGGGAAAGCAGUGUAAAGACACCUUCAUGAAUCAGAAGGUGUGUAAAAGUGAAUAUACUGUACACCCAAUCCCACAACACCCUUGUGCAUUGGGUGUCCAUGGGGUUACGAAGCUAUGGGCAUUUCAUGUCUACUUCUACUUCUGAUUGUUCAGAAAGCCCGGUUGCUUAUUUUAUUAGUAAUUUUUGAUGAAGUCAUAACUUGAGGCAUAGCUGCAGAUGGCCGUGUCCUUGGUUAAAAUACUUUACUGUGAUCUGGUGAAGUACCAUUAUUGCAUAUGGAUGUGUGAUGGGUUGGGACAGAACCCAGCAGACACACCAGCCUUCUAGGAAUAGAGUUGCGUGCCCCUGCGCAUGUGUAUUUCCUCCAAACACUAGUACAGGAAAGUGCUCACUGUCUCCACAGAGUAUACCUCCCUCUCACAGCUCACUUGAACGCAGAAGUAAUGACUAUAUUCUCAUUUUUGGCUCUGACAAUGCUCACUAACCAGCAUUCUUUGACUUUUUUAUGCCCUUUACCUAAUUUGGGUACCACGUAUGUGUGCUGCAUAAAUGUUCCGAGUGACUAAUACUGCACUGCUGCGAAUGCAGUUGUCACCUAAUUUCUCAUAGUGAGUGUUUUUUCCCCACAGUUGAAUAACAUCAGGUUGCCCAUUGCAUAAUUCUUAAAAAAUGUAAAGCUUUUCCACAGGUAUGUAGCCAAAAAGUCGCAUUCACUCAUAUAAAUCAUUCCUUUAUGGCACACGUACAAUAAAUUGGCAAGAGAAUAUGUAAUCCCAAAGGUUGAACUGAAACAAUGCUCUAAGUGUUAAGAUCUUGGAUGUUCGAUUUGGUUUAAACCGUCUGAAAGUAAACUGACAAUUCACAUGCAGACACAAUGUCAUGAAAAGAGGUGUUUUGGUCUGAAAAAUCAGUCCUGGGGCCCCUGUUUGAUUCAGUGCUCUGAUGACGGUGGUUGUAUUUGUGUUUGUGGCCAUAAAUUGUUUUUUUAAAACGUGCAAACAUUAACCUGCCCACCUGACCAGUGAGAAUAUGCUUUUAACUGUAGUGGCUCUGGCAGACCAGGAUUAAAGCCUUUCUGUAAAGCAGGGCUGCCCAACCCUGUUCCUGGAGAUCUACCUUCUUGUAGGUUUUCCUUUCAACCCUAAUUUUGCACUCCUUAUUCUACUAAUUAGCAGCUAAUCUAGAUCUCUAGCUGUUGAACGAGCUGUGCUUUGGUAGGGUUGGAAUGAAAACCUGCAGGAUGGUAGCUCUCCAGGAACAGGAUUGGGCAACCCUGUGCUGAAGUGUGUAGCCACUCCACUGCAGUCAGUACACAAACAGUACUUUAGUUGUGAAAGAGCCAGUGUUCACUGGAGAGUGGUGUGACCCAAAAGAAAUGUAUGGGAAACCUUGACCAAUAAAGGAGACCAGAGCUCUGCUGUGCAAG